AUUCUUUUUACAAUAAUAGGAAUAGUUGUUGUAAAUAAUUUAAGAAUUAUUCUGUUUUUGCAUAUUAUAAUUGUUAAAAAGUUAACAAAAGAGGAAUAAACAAGAGAGAGAGAGAAAGAAUAGUUCGUCGAAAGAGUUUUAACUUUGAGGAGCCGCUGAGAAAACCAAAGAAAGCUUCACUCUGAUUCGCAGAGACGACAUCGAUAAAACGCGAAGAACAGAAACUGCUCAGAUUUUUAAAUUUGAUUAUUAGUACUAUUUUCUUCUCUUUAAUCCAAUCUCGAUUUUCUCACUUUCUUCUCCAGCAGAAGGAAUCAUGAACAGAUCGGGAUCGAAGAUUUCGCUGUUCUAAGCUUCCGGGUUUGAUUCUUUCUCCCUCUCUCGUGAAAUUGGAUUGAAAUCUGGAGAUCUGGACUCGAAAGCUCGCGACUUUGCGCGUGUGUUGUGAUUCGAAAUUCGAGGACUUUUAAUUCAAGCCGAGCGAGAUUGAUUUGAAUCGUAGCUUUUUUUGAAGACAUGUUGGAGAAUCGAUCACCAGAUUCGUGUUUGAGUUCAAGGCUUUUCUCCGAAUCAACCUGGUCCAAGUCUUUCAUGUUUCCACAGGAUGACGACGACAAUAAGCUCAGCAACGGCAAGAAGAGAGCUUUGGAGGUUGUUGGUGAGAUCAGAGGCACCAAGUCGCUUAAACUAAUGGGUUUCUCUAUUACAUACGAUAGCGAUUCUUCUGACUAUUCUGAAGAUGGGUCUAUUCAGGAGCAAGAGCAAGGUGAUUCCAACAACAACGGUGGUGAUUCGUCUGAUUCACAUUCUCUUAUCAACGAGAUUGGUCGGGACAACUCCAUCGACUGUCUGAUCCGCUGCUCGCGGUCUGAUUACGGCUCCAUCGCUUCCUUGAGUAGAAACUUCCGUUCUUUGGUGAAGAGUGGAGAUAUCUAUAAGCUAAGACGGCAAAAUGGGUUCGUGGAGCAUUGGGUUUACUUCUCUUGCCAGCUCUUGGAGUGGGUUGCCUUCGACCCUGUAGAGAGAAGGUGGAUGCAGCUGCCAACGAUGCCUUCUAGUGUCACCUUCAUGUGUGCAGACAAGGAGUCUUUAGCCGUCGGCACGGAUCUUCUCGUCUUAGGAAAAGAUGAUUUCUCUUCUCAUGUAAUAUACAGAUACAGCCUUCUAACUAAUUCUUGGUCCUCUGGUAUGAAGAUGAACUCUCCGAGGUGUUUGUUCGGUUCCGCUAGUCUCGGAGAGAUUGCUAUAUUCGCUGGCGGUUGUGAUUCUCAGGGGAAGAUUCUUGACUUCGCUGAGAUGUACAACUCCGAGCUUCAGACUUGGGUGACUCUUCCUCGGAUGAACAAUCCGAGGAAGAUGUGUUCAGGGGUCUUCAUGGAUGGGAGGUUCUAUGUCAUUGGUGGAAUAGGCGGUGCUGAUGCCAAAGCCUUGACGUGCGGCGAAGAGUAUGACCUUGAGGCCAAGAAAUGGACUGAAGUCCCUGACUUGUCGCCUCCAAGAAGCCGUGCUGAUCAGGCUGAUGCGCGGCCAGCGGCUGAAGCACCGCCUCUUGUUGCGGUUGUGGAUAACCAAUUGUACGCUGCUGAUCACGCGGACAUGGAGGUGAGGAAGUAUGAUAAGGAGAAGAAGAAAUGGUUGACUAUUGGGAGGUUGCCUGAGAGAGCAGGCUCGGUUAACGGAUGGGGACUUGCUUUUAGAGCUUGUGGGGAGAGGUUGAUAGUUAUAGGUGGACCAAAGUACUCGGGAGGUGGGUUUAUAGAGCUGAAUUCAUGGAUACCGAGGGACGGUGAUCCACCGCAGUGGACGUUGCUUGAUAGGAAACAUUCUCCUAACUUCGUGUACAAUUGUGCAGUGAUGGGUUGCUGAAACAGCAUUUGAAGACCCUCCCAGAUUCUUGUUGAUGGGUCUAAAAGACUCCAUUGAAGGUUCCAAGCUCUCUCUCCAACCCCUUUAUGCUUCUUCUUCCGUAUUUGUUUUUCUUUACAAAAAAAUUUCAAUUUGAAUACAAUCAUCUCUGUAUUGGUAGAGGACCAGAAAAAGGAAACAGGUUAUAAUAAGUUGGUUAAAAGUUAAAAAGCUUUUUAGAGUUUGCCAGUAUCAUCUGGUUAACAUUGUUGUAUGUGUUUUUUAAUCCAUUUGUUUCCUAAUAAGUUGUUAUGUUUGUAGAGCCCA